UAUAUGAAGGUAGAAUUUAUUUUUACGGAAGAAUGGCGGCAGGUGUAGAUAGUUUCAGCAGCAGAACUCUGUGGCAGUUUAUCAGUGGUACUGGAGUAUUGAGACCAAAGGAAUUGAUUAAAAGUGAACUGGAAAUUAACAGAGAGAAAAUUUUCAAUGGGCUGAAAUAUUACAAGAAGCAAAGUAGUCCACUGGGCGAACUACUCAAGGAGGAGAAGAAGGUGUCUGGCUUGCAGUUGGAGUUCACCCUGAAACUGGGCAUCUUCCUGAGCUUGGAUGAGAUACAGAGUUAUGACCUGUUCUGUUCGUUCCUAGCUAAUGAGUUCAGAGGAUCAAAGAAAAACCUGCAGCAACUGUUGAGUGAUGAGCGACACUCCCAAGCCCUGGUGGUGAAGAUCCGAGACUACUACUUCACCGAGCGACUCUAUCUGCUCAGAUGUCUACGGCAGGUCCUCAGUUUCUGGCCCAACGCUCAACAUCCAUACAGGGAUGUGUAUGCUACAUUCCUAAAUGAUUUAUUAGGAGAGACAAAACUCAUUGAAAAGCUCCAUGAGCAGUUUGACAUGUGCUGCAAGGAACAAGUUCCCUCAUGGGAAUCCCAUGGACCCUUCAUGAAUGAACAGCAGGCGCAGGUUUGGCUUCACCAGAACCUUAAAGAACAGUGUGAGCUGCUGGAACUGAUGAUGAUGUACUACAAAGAUUUUACCACAGACGUCCGGGGAUUCAUCCAACUCAUGGAGAAAUUUACUAAACACGGGUUUGGUUGGCGACAGAAUUACAAACAUCUGUUAAGUAAGGCUGAUGAAAAACUGGUGAAACACAUUGGGUUUGUCGAACUUCUUAUUCUACUGGAUGUCCUUGACAUUGCCACAGCGUUCCGGUGUAAAGAGCGUGAUGACUUCACGGACCACAUGAUCCUGGCUAACAAACAGUCCUUCCAGGAUGUUGACAAGCUGUUUGCGAAUCUGGGUCAGGAAUCUAUUCAUGGCCCGCUGUAUCUGUGCUGGGCCUUGAUUCGACAACUCUACUUGGAGGACGAGGAGUCGCAGAUCGUAACGAGGAAACUCGGAAAUCUCUCUCUACAGCUCGGAGUCUUCACAGUGCUGCUGGAUCUCGUCAACACGGACCCCUUCAGCGGAAACACGAUUAUUUCCUCGAUCUGUCAGUUCGUGCUGUAUGUUUUAUUGUAUGUGGUCAUGUCCCUGUACCAAGAAGACUCGCUUGGCAACUUACAGUCACUGAAUGAUUUGACAAUCAAAUUGUUGAAGCAGGAAGGAAAUGCUGAGGACUUGUGGCAACGAGGUUUGGAGGAGGGUGUGGGUAAUUUGUACUCUUCUGCAAUGAGCUGGUUUCCGCUGGAGUUCUCCAGGUUUAUUGGUUUCAGCAUCUCUCUGGCCUCGGCCAGUGUUGACAGUGCUAGAAAGGUGAAGGCGGCGCUGUCCAAAUUGACUGUGUACACAGAACACCUGGACAACAACAGCUCGCAGGACCUGGUGCCAUGUGGGAACAUGGUCUUCACCCUCACCAGACACAAGCUGCCCUACACCAGAGGUGAACUCGUUAUACCAGCAGGUGUCACUGGACAGGUGAUUGCAAUGACAGGUCGUGAUGGUGGUGAGACGAUGCGGGGCAGUCCUAUAGUGCAGUGGGAGCACACGUACAACGGCUGGCUUCUCCUGCUGUGCGAGGUGCAGCAGCUUCUCCACCAGGUCUCUCAAGGCUCAGGAAUGGUUUCUCCCAUCCAGCUGUCACACGUUACCAUGACGAUGCAGCUAGUUAAAGAAGUGAUGACCUCAGACCCUGCGUCGGUUCCAGAAUUUGUUGACAUCACCAAUUUGUGUUAUCAAAUCAUUCAGAGGUUUUCCAUAUUGACUUGUCCACCUGUUGAUCUGCUUGGUUUUACCUUGGACUGUCUCACCUGCCUCGUACACAAACAGCCAGAACAGGUUCUGCAUGGUUUAAAACAGACCGGCUUCCUGCCAUAUUUAACAGAAAGCGUUGACAGCCUCAGUGAAGUUCUCAGUGGCCGCAGUCUCAGUUCAGGUUAUUGCGGUUCUAUUCUGGCCAGUACUGAAUGCACUCAGGGAAGAUAUCCUCUGACGAUGGCUUUCCUCGACAUGGUUUCACAGCUAGUGCAGCCGCUGUCCAAGUUGGGUCGAGAAGAAGAGCUCCAGCCGUCUGUCUUGUACAUCCUGCGAGAAGUGUUUCCCGUCUAUCACAAGUGGAGGUAUUACGACAUGAUGCGCAGAGAAAGCAUAGGUCAGAAAUGUUUGGAUGUUUUCAAUAAGAUUAUCGGCGAGGUUCACAUUGAUAAGAAAAACCCAACAACAGAAGGCCGUCGACUACAGGAGAUGUGUGUGUACAGUUUGCUGUUUACCGAGGCAGGGCGAGCACUGUUGGACAUCCUGGCCACUGGAGUGGACAGUGUAGAGCAGGCUUUGGCACAGCAGGGCAGCACAUCUGAAGGUGGAGGAAUAGAACUCAUCCAGCUCAUAAUGAUGUCGUUCUCCGUCCUCAACCACCUCCUCCUGCUGCGCGCUCCAGAUCUGCCCCUAUCCCCCACAGAACGAGCUCUUUCGUCGCAACCGGCAGGCCGGCAGCACCAACACAUUGUUGCUACGAUAGCGCAGUACAUCUACCACCGACACAAACCGCGUCUUCCCACACUGGCAACGGUUCUACUCGGUAGACUAGCCCUGGUUUCUCCCAUGUCUAUCUUGGCAUGUCUGGGCAGUGAUGCGGAACCCAUCAAAGACAUGUAUCUGAGUCGUCUCCAGGCCCGGUCAGAGGAUCUUCAACUGAAGGUGGCCAUCUUGAAUCUGUUGUCGGUGUGUGUCGACUCGCAGCCCGGCCUCAUUGAAGUCUUCCUCAAUGUUCAAACCACAGACUCGACCGAUGGGAAGAAGCAAGACCUGAGUCUGGGCAAGAGCAGUUGUUUACAGACAGUUCUCAAUCUGAUGGAGCUGAAGAAACAGGGUACGUACCUGUGUCCCCCGGAACUGCUGUGUCCGUGCGCCGGUCUGGUUCACGCUCUGUGGCGCGGCAUGCGUGAGACGGCCAUGGAGGUUCUGCGUGCCAAAGAAUCGUUUUGGCCAAGUAUUUGCAAGCCACUUCACAAUAAUAUUAAUGCGGAUUAUGAUAAGAAAUUUGAAGAGAUGAAGACGGCUUCUUAUGUAUUUAAGAUAAUUGCUCAAGAAAUCUACAUCAUCUUCAGUUCUAAGUUAGAUGAAAACCUGAAGAAGGUGAUUCAAGGUUUGGCUAAAGAUAACAGACUGCUCUAUUGGUCACAGUUUAUUCGAGAGAGUCAGGAGCACAUUGGCAGCAACGGUGACGUUGAGGAUAAACACCUGGCGAUGAAUGCGGUGCUGCAGCUGCUGCUAUCAUGGAAAAACCUGCUCGUCACGAUCACAAAGUACAAGGUGGAUGAACUGAACGUCACAGACAAGGUGAAGGAAUCCAUCCUCGCUGAUCUGAUCGCAGCAAUCAAAGCUCAGUUUUCCACCACCACUCUGACUCCUCUGUGCAAGAAGCUUGCCUCUGUGUCUAGUGCUCUCUACUUCACACUGUUGAAAUCUUGGGUCAGUUCGGUGAGCAAUCCGUCGGAGUCGGUGAAGACCCUCCAGGACGCUGUGUGGCUGACAUGCGCCAACAGAGAGACCCUGAUCCCGUCGGUACAGAUUGGUUUGAUCGCAUCACUGACCGUCAUCUUACAACACGUACGAAGGGACGACGUCAGCCUAAACAUGGACCGAGAUGUGUUAACGUCUGUGUUGCCCGUUGUUUGUUCUGUGCUGUCUCACAGCACCCAGGAGCUGAAAGUAGUGAAAACGUCACACCCAGCAGAAAAAACAUCAGCAUCGGUGAACUGCCAGUUGGAUGAGCCAGCUAACCAAGAGACUAAUCAGGUUAUGUUGAAGCUUCAGAUAGCAGCGUGCAGCCUGCUCGUUGAAUUGAUAGAGCGGAUCGGUGACGAGGACGUCUGGCUGCCUGUUCUACAGCAGAACUGUGUGAUCCCCACGCUGCUCGUUUCUGUAGAGGAACACAUGAAGGCGAGACAGGGUCUCUCCUACGUACACACAGUGUUUCUCCUGCUGCUGACCAUCGCCAAUUCAGAAGCGGGAGCUGCAACUCUAGCCCUGGGUAACGUGACAUCCCACACGUGUCUGGUCGUCACCAACUGUUACACAAACGAUGACUUGUUCACCAAACCACCUGUACCAGCCAAGGGCAGUUCCACGUACAAGCACUCAUCCCACUCCUGGCACGGCGUGUACUGCCUGAGUAUUGAACUCCACUCCUUCCUGCUGUCUACCCUGAGAUACUCGUUUCUCGAUGACGCCCUCAGUUUCGCUGGAGCCCACCAGGAACGACUACAACAGUGUAUGAAGGUGGCAUCUCUGAGUCUGAUGGAGCCGGCACUGAGAGAGGCUGAGUCAACUUGCGGCUUCAUCCUCCAGUUGUCCAUGUUCCGUCACGAGUGGAGGUUUCACCUGGCUGACGUUCUCAACAAACUUCUCACGUCGAUGGUGAUCAUGUGUCAGACAUUCAUUGCCUUGUUGAUUCGACCCAGAUAUCUCCUCUUCAUCUUGGAGAGAGGUCAGGAUGGUGGCAGCAAGAAGAGUGAGGUGCAGUCGUCUCCCUUGUUACAGCACCAAGCAUCUACAGAUGACCUCGACCAGCCCUCAGUGCAACUCGUUCAAAUACAGCAACAAAUGCUCAACAUCCUGGCACACAGUCUGGCCGCCCUCAAGCAGUUCACACCGGAGUUGACUCAGGUCAUGUUGGACCAGAGUAUGGACAUGACAGACUAUGAUGUUUUGUUAUCUCUGGGGUUCGGGACACCGGCGGUCGAUCAGCAGAGUUUCCCAACGUUUGGAACUUUGAUCUCGUGUGUAACCAUGUCAUUCCGGAUUCUCUGUAAGAUUGAUCCGAGAGGCUCGGGGUCACCACACAGACAAGCGGACACGACGACCUGUCAGAAUAUAUCCAAAAGUCUGGUGCUCUUCAUCCUGGAGAAUGCUCUCUACAUCAUCAUGUCGCAGGCGUGUCGACAUCUGCGAGACGGCGAGCUGUCGGGCCGUGACAAACAGUUUCUAAAGAGAGAGCUGGGAGCCGAGCUGAACUCGUUUCUGUCGAGUAUGUUGCGAUACUGGCGUCGCGGAUUUGGCCCCACGUCUCCGGGGUCGAGCGUCCAGUCGAGUCCACAGGUGUCGAGUCACGUGCAGCUCGGUAAAUCCGUGUCGCAGACGACCUUCAGCACGUCGCCAGACCAGAAGUUCUUCCGACUCGUGCAGGACUUUGUCGCUAAAGUCCUCAGAUGACCAGGUUUCUGAAACAUCCUGUGUCGGCCACACGACCAUGUCACCUUGGAUACUAUGUCACAUCCACGUCACUCACUGUAUCAACUCUUACCAUGUUAAUAUGACAGUAUUCAAGAAUAGUUCUGAUCAGAUGAUAGUCAUACUUGUGCAAGAUGUUUGGAUAGGAGCACCAACUUAAUAAUGUAGAUAAUAAUCAUGGACAAUAUAUGGAAAACUACAAGUCUCGGUUUUUCAAACUUAUUCGUAUACUUUAUGUUUUUAUAAAAUUUGUUCCGAGACUCCUCACCUAGUUUUACAAACAUGAUGUCACUGACAAUAUCUAAUAUGGCCUGAAGAGCAGUUCUUGAAGUGUGCAGAGUACUAGUAGCCAACAUCCCUGGAUGAUUUUCUUGUGUGCAAUUAUUACAAAGUUAGAGAAAAUAAUCUGGUUAAACAUGAAACCAGUAUUAUUGGUGCUAAAAGAUCAAACACUUUUCUACCAAUUUGUAAGAGAUGGGAUAAACAGUUGAUUGUAUUAUGAAACUUCUAUGAAACAGAUGAAUAAACAAUAUUACUAUACAUGUAUUAUAAAACUGUUCUAUUUUAACUGAUGAAUAAAACAAUAGUAUACAUGUAUCUGUUUAAACCUGUUUCACCACAUAACAAUCAUAGACUCAACAGUUGAUUGUAUUAUAAAACUGUUCUAUUUUAACUGAUGAAUAAAACAAUAGUAUACAUGUAUCUGUUUAAACCUGUUUCACCACAUAACAAUCAUAGACUCAACAGUUGAUUGUAUUAUAAAACUCUUCUAUUUUAACUGAUGAAUAAAACAAUAGUAUACAUGUAUCUGUUUAUGACUCAACAGUUGAUUGUAUUAUAAAACUGUUCUAUUUUAACUGAUGAAUAAAACAAUAGUAUACA